AUGGCUACCUUGACUGUUGAACAACAAAUCAAUCAACUGAAUGACGCUCGGAAACUUGUGCUCUCAGAUGCCAACUAUUACACUCAGAUCAUUCAAGGAAUAUUACCAAUUAUUGGACCGACGGCGAGGGUAGAAUUGAGAAGAUGGGGUGCAGAUUUCCUAGCAGAGACCUUUUCAAGUCCAACCAUACCUUCAUCACAGAAAGAAACUCUGAGCUUGGUCGUACUUGAUACAUUGAAGGAUAUGAUUGAGAAUCCGCACGAAGAUAGUGCAGUGGUUAAGAGUAUUGUGCAAACAGCAGCUAGCAUAUACCCGCUUGUCGUUCGAUGGAUCGAUGCUGUACUUGUUGAUGCAACUUUGAAUUCCCUUUCCAUUUUAAUUCGAGCCCGUCCCCAUAUUGCAAAUAAAAUUUUGAAUGUUCUAUUAAACUUCAAUCCCCUGAAACUUGCCAAUUCUCCAAUGACCCCCAAAUUGCGCGUUAUGGUUAAAUCUAUGGAAAAGACUACUAGAUCACUACUCACCCAUAUCAGCAAGCGGGACCCCCACAAUCCUCUCAAUGGGCGAAUCCAGCAGUAUGUUGAAAGAAUGAUGCGCUCCAAAACAGAAAUAUUUGAUGAGGCAAACAGAAAGCGUGGACCCCCAGAACCGGUGGACGGUCUAGAUCCCGCCAAACGACAAAAGCUCGGUGCCCAAGUUACACCUCCAGCUCCGAAUAGACUCCAUAUACCACCAUUAGCACCAGGAAAUCACACAGUUGCCGAGCUCUUUACAAUCACAACCGAUGAAGCUCUAAAAGGAUUUGAUGUUGCGCUACUAUCAGAAGAUCUAGUUGUUAAGAUUGGUAUAACAAUCCUCCAGAAGAUAGAUACUGACACCCUUGAACAAGCUAUCAGUGGUGUGAAAGGUAGGCUUCAAGCUCUCUCGGAGCCUAAAGCUGAGGAAAUCAAUGCCGAAACGGCUCCCUUGGGCGUAGAAGAUGAUGAUGAUGACUACGAACCCGAUUUCUACAAUGCCGAGGACACGGAACAAAUUUUGAACAAAUUAGAUAGUUCACCACCCGAGGAGCUUAAAGUGGAUAUCGAGAAGGUUGCCAAUGUGGCUCUUGGACCGUUCACGUUGCCCGCCCCUCCUUCUUUAAAUGCCGAGGAAGCGGCGCUGGUUGGCCAAGGUACUGUUUCUCGAGUUUUCGGUGUGAUGCAGACUUUAGAUGAACCUGUCGCAAGAAAGGCAAAGGCUGGCAUAAAUAGGCUGGCAGCUAGUGCGUACGACAGAGAUGCAUGGAUCACUAUCAUUACACGCUUAGCAACGCGCGCUGGGGCUGGUCUCGAAGAACCCUCUGAUGCUGUCAAAAUGGAAUCACCAGAUGUUGAGCGAUUAUCAUUAAGUAACACUAUACGGCAAUCUCUUCUUGUGUACAUUCUCGAAGAUUUCCGAAAACGAAUCGACAUUGCAGUUGCCUGGCUGUGCGAAGAAUGGUACAAUGACAAAGUACAAAUGAAGCUUGGAGAUGGUUCAGCAGUGUUGCAUUACGAAAAAUGGACACUCAAGGUAUUAGAUGGAAUUUCCAUCUAUCUUGAUGCGAAAGAUAAAGUUUUGACUAGGUUCUUGAGCGAGAUUCCAGGAUUGAGCCCAGAGGUCUUGAACAAGAUUAAAGGGCUUUGCAAAGAUCCCACGAUGGUCAAUCUGUCGCUUACUAGUCUACUGUAUUUGGUCAUGAUGCGACCACCGGUCCGAGAAUUGGCCCUUGAUGCUGUGGAAGAUAUUUGGAAUACAUAUGAGAAUGCUAAGCCCAUUGCCGCCAAAUACCUCAAAAAAUGGCGGCCAGGAUUUGAGGAGCGGUUACUCAAAAGCGAUUAG